AUGCAAUCAGAAGAUCUCAAGAAGGAUAUGAAUAUUGGAUUGGGAGUGGGAAUAUCCACUUUAGUAGUUGGUAUUGUUUUGACUAUUACUGGAUUUGUUUUCUCUCCAGUAACUGGAGGCACUUCACUUGUUUCUACCGGCGCUGGAGUAUUGAUGAUUACUGGUGGAACAGUAGGAGUAGGUAUUGGAUCAACUGCUGUGGCCAUCCCUGUGAUCAAGUUCAAUGAUAUUAAGAAGCUUAUCAAUGGAUUGAAUCAAAGUGUGGAUACGUCUCUAUUAUACAAGGCCAAGUUAACUCAUCUCAAGGACCAGGUUGGUCUUAAGGAAAUGUUCUUGAGAGCACUCUCAAAUGUUGAGCCAAACGGAUACAUUUGCCUUAUCUGCAGAGAAAAGUUGAGGAACCCUGUAUACACUUUGAAUGGAAGGUCUGUCACUUACUAUUGUUAUGAUUGCCUCGAAAAAGCAUUGGACAAAAAUCCUAGAAACCCAUUGACCAGAGCCCCGAUGGUGAUUGCCGAUGCUAGAAAAUGCACAAAGGAAGAAGAAGAUAUUAUGAACAAGUACGAGGUGACUAAGAGGAAUAUCGAGAUUUCAGAGUUUUGGAAAUGA